ACAUAUAGCCUAGAGCAAAUCACAACUAUGAGCGAGUAUCCGACAGCAGUGCGCGUGGCGCAAGCCGUCGGCAUCAGUGGGUCCAUUUGGCUUUCCGGAAAUAUCUGUGGUCUCUCAGCCAUCGCCAUGCCCGUAUUCUUCCGCUCCAGACGAGAGGGCGGGGAGAAAGAUGAUAUCCUGCAGACCAAGCUAGCGCGGCAGUGGCAAUACUUCUACGACCACGGACACGCGCAGAACCCACCCAUCGCUGCUGUUACUGCAUGUGCUUAUGCGUAUCUGGGCUGGGCAGUUGGUUCGCGGAGCGAGUUAUUUUCUCGGCUUGCCGGGGCGAACACGGGACUUUUCUAUCGGAUCGCGGGGUUCUUGACGGUGGGGAUUGUGCCGUGGACAUUGGGUUUUAUGAUGCCAACGAAUUAUAAGCUCAUGGAGAUAGCGCAGGGUUUGGAGGGGAAGGAGGUUAGUGAUGAGGAAUUUGAUGGGUUGUUGGGUUACUGGCAGGUAACUAAUGCGAUUCGGGGGUUGUUUCCGCUUGCUGGGGGGCUUUUGGGACUUUUGACUGCGUUGUUAUAA